UUUAAAGACUAAGAAAUUUUUGUUUGCUAAUAAGUGUUCGUUAAUCAUGGUGAUAAAAGAAGAAGGUGUGAUCACCAUGGCUAUUAUAUUCAGCUCUGUGCUAGCAGAUGUCACCGUUGCUGUGGCCACAUGCUUAGUUGCGGUGUAUCUGUUCUUCGCCAGCGGCUUCAGAUACUGGAAGAGACGAGGCGUCCACUACAUUCCUCCCACAUCAAUUUUUGGGAACCUGGUUGAAGUAGUGUUGCAGAGGGAACACAUUGGUGAAUACCUCAAGAAGGUGUAUGACAACAACCCGGAUCAACCCGUAGUCGGCCUCUUCGCCUUCAGGAACCCCAUUCUGAUGGUGCGUGACCUCAAAGUGGUGCAGAGUGUCAUGGUGAAGAACGCACAUGCUUUCUUGGACAGGCCCCUUGACAUUUCAGAGAAAGGUAACCCGUUGGCUUCCAGGAGUCUCCUUGUUCUGAAAGGCAAGAAGUGGAGACACUUGAGAAUGAAACUCACACCCACCUUCACCUCCGGGAAGAUAAAGAAAAUGUUUUAUCUCAUCGAUGAGUGCGGCAAGCAGUUACUGCCUUGCAUCGGAAAAGAAAUGGAAAAAGGAAAUCAUGUAAAGGUGAAGGACACUGUGGCUAGGUAUUCCACAGACGUCAUCGCAUCGUGUGCUUUUGGAGUAAAUGCCAACGCCCUGGUGGAUCCAGACUCCGAAUUUCGAGCAACCACAAGAAAAAUUUUUGAAAAAACUAAAUUCCAGUCUUGGAUCACAUCCCUUUUAUUAUUGUUACCACAACUGAUACAAAUAUUACAACUGAAAACAAUGGAUGACAGUGUCAACACUUUUUGCCGCAAGACAUUUUGGGAUGUUGUUGGUUAUCGGAAGAGUAAUAAAAUAACCCGAAAAGAUUUUGUGGACAUUCUGAUGCAGAUAAAAGAAGAGGGUCAGGUUCAAGCAGAGGAUGCUAAUGAUUUACAAGAAAUAAAGCAAGACAUUCAAUACAUGAAAAUAAAAAACAUGAAAGUGAAACACUAGACAUGAAGUUGGAGGAUGAUGAUUUCGUAGCACAAGCCUUUAUUUUCAUAGCUGCCGGAUUUGAGACUUCUUCUUCGGUCAUAUCGUUUGCACUGUUUGAGUUGGCAGUAAACCCUUCCAUUCAAGGCAAGCUGAGGAGA